AGACGCGAUCACUGAAAACGUUUGACUAAUUGUCAGUUCAGAUAUUCUGUGUGACCGGACGUCGUGUGCUCUCCGGCGACGCGUUCCCAAUGCGUCCGUCGAUCUGGGGAUGGCGUAAAUUCAAAGACUUCCUCCACUUCUACGUGAUGUUGGGAGUGAUUCCGUUGACAAUACUCACCACUUAUGCCAAUAUAGUUGUCGGUCCCGCGACUCUCACAGAAAUACCCGAAGGCUAUGAACCCAAACACUGGGAGUACUAUAAGAAUCCAGUGCCGCGUUUCUUCGCCCGCUAUAUGAUAGCAGACAAGCGUCAGGACUACGAGAGAGUGGUCUGCUAUCUGAACGAAGAGGCGGAGAAAGUGAUACUCAAAGACAUCGAGAAGAGAGUGAAGAAGUUUAUGCAAUACCGAAACGAUUACAAGUCGUGGUAUUACCGACCGGUCGACGCCCGACCGCUGAGGUUCGAGCGCGAAGAAUGGCGACAACACAGAGACAAUAUCGCCGGACACGACCACAACGUGUCCACAGUUGACGAAUUCAGCCGUUGAGCGCAUCCGCGGCCACCAAUCGCUCACAAACUGUUCAAUGGUUUCCUAUAACUAGUGGUCGACUAAAUAUCUUAGAGUUUGUAAAUAAUAUAAAAUUGAUACCAAUUUUAGGCCUAAAAUUAAUGCAUUAAUUGUUAGCAAUUAUUAUUUGAAAUUAGAAUUUAAUAAAAAUUAGUUUCGUUUGAAA